UUACUUUAUCUGUAAAGCGGGACGAAAGCCUGUUUCGAACUGAAAGAAGACGGAGACGGAGGCGACACUGGCACGCCAGGACCGACCGACCGACCGACGACCGGACAACCCAAGGCCGUCGUCGUCGUCGCGCCCCAGGUCCUGGUCCUCGGAAAGCAAAGCAACACGGCAGGAUUAUUAGCCGGACACAGCGGCGAGCCGGACUGGAGCGUGCGAUCAACGACCGGAAACGGCCACGGGCACGGCAGCUGGCGAUGGGCUCGGGUAAACUCCGACGUGGAGAGCAGUAAAUAAAUGAAAUCCCACGACGCGUCGUGGAAAAGAAGGAAACGGAGUCGCCAUCACCAGAUAACCCCGCCCGGGCCUCGGCCGCCCACUUCCACCCUUCCCCCGCCCCCGCCCGCGCAGUAUAUUCACUCUCACUCGCGUUCCUCCGCCUCCGAACGCGCGCGCGCCGCAUAGGAGGGGCGGAGCAGAGGAGAGCAGACCACGCAAUGGCGCCGCCGCAGCAGGGGUCGUCGCGUGGCGGCAAGGCCGGCGGCGCCGUCGCGGCCAUGGAGAUGGGCGGGGCGGGAAGAGCAGGGCGGGCGCCGGCGGAGGCGGGGUGCGCGUGGUCGUGGGCGUGCUGCGCCGUGGCGGCCGGCGUGGCGGCGGUGGGCCUCGCGGGGGCCGGCGUGCUGGUGUGGUGGGCGGUGGCGUUCCACCCGGCGCGGGAGCAGCUCUGGAUGGUGCCCGUCGGCCUCGUCCUCCUCGGCACCCCGCUCGUCGCCUGGCUCUCCCUCUUCGCCUCCGGCGCAUGCCGCCGCAUCGGGACCGCCCACCACCACCACCCGCCUCCGGCCGAGCCAUGAGAGACACACGCACGCACGCUCGAACGAUCCCGCCACGGCAGCUCCGCGGGCACGCAUCGAUCAGCGUUUCAUUGGGUCCCGACUCUUGAUGAUCCCGGGUGUAAAUCAAAUAUCCUUUCGGUCGCGCUUGCAGCGGCAGCCAUGGUUUAUGGUUAGCAUAGCUUAUACACUCCUCUGUUGUUGGUGUUUCUUGUCGUUUAAGAUGAUCGGAAUGUAAGCAACAGUUGCCGCUACUGUACUGCAGUGGGAAUCCGAUCUCUCUGCCUCUGCCUUGUAUAUUUGGUUGGUAUGCCCGCAGAUUAGUUGGAUGAGUACAUUUUUUUUGUACUAAAAUAUAUGCGCUUUUACUAUUA